UUAGAAGCUAAGCUUAUUCAAAGCCUGGACCCUAACAAGCUAGGAAGGCAGUGCUGUAGCCCUUUCCAAAACCAUUCCCCCAUCCCACCCCACCCCCGAGUUUUAUUGAAAGUCUUCAGGAAUGCUAUCAUUUCAUCGUGAGGUCUACAUUUUUUUCCAAAUCUUAUUACUUGGAUGAAAAUCUACCUGCCUUUACCGUGACUUUUGGCAGCUGAAGUGAACUCGGGUUCCUUUUCCCCUCCUUCGAUCUCAAGGCCAUUUCAGAGACAUACCAGCCUCUUUAGAGGUAGGUCAUGGAAAUUGAAGUUGUUCCUGAAGGUUUAUUUCUCAGGACCAGUUCUGACAGUUUGAAAGGAGACACCCGUCUUCAGGCUUUUUGGCAGAUCCAAUUAUGGGGCAAAGUUGGUGUCCCACAGACAUCCACCAAGAGGGUUCCAGGUGACUGUUCCUAUGGCUCAGUCUGGCGCUCACCACAGCUUCACAAAGGAGACCCCAAUGCCCAAUCUGUUUGGCUGGCCCAACCAGCAGGCAAAGAUGGUUAUCCACAGAUGCACAUGAAUGUUGCUCCAGGGAACCAUUCCUUUGGGGCAGCUGGGUGCUCAAAGAAAGUCAAAAAAAGAAGCCCAGAUUCCCAGCCUUGGGGGCUAAUCCAAUCAGGGGGUAAAAAUGUUUUCACAGAGAGUCCCAUGAAGAGCGCUGCAGGUGACCAAUUCUUUGGGGCAUCUGGGCCAUAUCCACCACGCUUUCAAAAUCAUGGCCUCGAUCCCCAAGGUUUUGCAGCAUUCCAACCACUGGGCAAAGAUCAUUUCCCAGGGAAACGCAUGAAGAGAGAACCCAGUAGCCAUCAUUUUGGGGGACGCAGUCGUUCACCACAGCCUCAAAGAAGAUCCCCAGGUCCUGAAGCUUAUGGGCAGGUGCCACUAAAAAGCAAAGAGGAUUUCCCAGAGAUGCCCCCCAUGAAGAGGGAGACAAGUGGCUAUCCUUCUGAAGCAUCUCAGUGUUCACCACAUUUUCAUACUGGAAGUCCUGAUGAUUCAUAUUUUAGGAUGUUUCCACCAAUGAACAACGCCUAUUACCCAGAGAAAACCACAAAGAAAGUUCCAAGCUCAGAUUCCUUUGGUGCAACUUGGAGAUCACCACAAUUUCCGGGAGUCCCUGACCAAGAACUUCCCAACCAUUAUCCUUCUGGUGCAGCAGAUCCUCCCCUGAAUACUACUAAACUGAAGAGAAAGAGAAGAGAUGACACAAUCUUUCUUGUGGACCUUGACGAUACAGAAUAUCUUUGCAUUCCUACUCAUGCAAUAGCUUGUGAUGGGGGAACCUUGAUUUGGAUCAGCAAAUAAAAUGAUUGAAUGUUUUUAUUGUUGUGUUUUUA